AUGCCACCAAAGGCUUCAAAGAUAAGGGACUUCUCGGAAGAGGGGGCUUUGGGAGCGUUUACAAAGGACAGCGUGAGUGGUGACAGGGUGUUUCUUGUUGAUUGGGUUUUUCAGUUUUGGAUAGACGGAAACAUCUUGGAUGCCAAGGAUCCAAAUCUAUGGUAUGAUUAUGAAGUGGCAGAGAUCGAAAUGGUGUUGAAGCUAGGUUUGUUGUGCUCACAGUCCGACCCAGAGAAUAGACCAACUAUGAGACAAGUGCUACAUUAUCUAAGGGGAGAUGUAAUGCUACCAAAUUUGUCACCGUCGGACUUGCGUGGAAGCGAGAGAUUGUUGGGAAUUCCAGAAGUGGUAUUUAGUGAAUCAAGCUUGUCUGCCGGUGGGUCUUCAGUUACUAACUCUCUACUGUCUGGUGGGAGGUGA